AUGACAAACUUCAACCUAGACAUAGCAAUGUCGAAGGUAUUGAUAUUAUUUUGCCUCGUAACUUUUGGAGCAACAUUCUCUUCAGCACAUUGGUGGUAUUCAGUAAAAAAAUCAUGUCGCCCACCUGGUUUCAUUUGUUCAAAUGACAAUGAUUGCUGUGAUCCAUUUAUCUGUAAUCCAUGGGCACAUCGUUGUACUAAACGACCAAAUAAUUUACCACCUGGACAAACUUGCAUCCCUGCAGGUUCUCUCUGCAGCAAAGAUAGCGAUUGUUGCGAGUCGCUCAUUUGUAACAAGUGGGCUAGACGUUGUGCGAAACCACGAACCACCACCACCACAGUAACUGUACCAACAACCGAAGGAAGUAAAAGUAGCGAAGAAUCUUCUGAAAGUUCAGGUUCUACUUCGGGAACUUCAACAGUACCAUCACAUAAGAUAUGUCGUUGGCCUGGAAUGAGAUGUUCAGAUGACAGCCAGUGUUGUAAGCCUUUCAUAUGUAAUCCCGGGGCAAAUCGCUGUACCAAAAAACUACCAAAUUAUCCACCCGGCCAAACUUGUAAACCUGCUGGUGCAAUUUGUAAAAAAAAAGAAGAUUGUUGUGAAUCAUUGAUUUGCAAUCAAUGGGCUAGACGUUGUACGAAACCACGAAUCACCACCACAGAAACUGCACCGAUGACGCCAGAAAGCGGAAGCAGCGAAGAAACUUCUGUAAGUUCGAGUUCUACUUCGGCAACUUCAACAGUACCAUCACAUGAGAAAUGUCGAUGGCCAGGAAAAAGAUGUUCAGAUGACAGCCAGUGUUGUAAGCCAUUCAUCUGUAACAAAUGGGCAAAGCGUUGCAGUAUAAGGAAAUUUCCACCUGUACCAAAUUGUAUACCGCCUGGUGCUCAUUGUACCAAAACGGAAGAUUGUUGUGAGGGAUAUCUUUGUAAUCCGUGGGCACAAAGAUGCACCAGACCAAAAACCACAGUGGCGCCUACUACUAGCACCACUACAGUGGCGCCUCCUACUAGCACAACUACAGUGGCACCUACUACUAGCACCACUACAUUGGCGCCCACUACUAGCACCACUACAGUGGCGAGUUCUACUAGCACCACUACAGUGGAGCCUCCACCUAGAACCACUACAGUGGAGCCUCCUAAAACCACCACUACAGUGAAGCCACUUACUACCACCACUCCAGUGGAGCCUACUAAACCAAACACUACAAUGGAGCCUCCGACUAGCACUACAGUGGCGCCUACUACUAGCACCACUACAGUGGCGCCACUUACUACCACCACUUCAGUGGCGCCACCUAAUAGCACCACUACAGUAAAGCCUCCUACUUCCACCACUACAAUGGCGCCUACUACUAGCAACACUACAGUGGCGCCUUCUAGUAGCACCACUACAGUGGAGCCACUUACUACCACCACUACAGUGGCGCCUACUACUAGCACCACUACAGUGGCGCCUCCUACUAGCAACACUACAGUGGCGCCUUCUACUAGCACCACUACAGUGGAGCCACUUACUACCACCACUACAGUGGCGCCUACUACUAGCACCACUACAGUGGCGCCUCCUACUAGCACCACUACAGUGGCGCCUACUACUAGCACCACUACAUUGGCGCCUACUACUAGCACCACUACAGUGGCGCCUCCUACUAGCACCACUACAGUGGCGACUCCUACUAGCACCACUACAGUGGAGCCUCCACCUAGAACCACUACAGUGGAGCCUCCUAAAACCACCACUACAGUGAAGCCACUUACUACCACCACUCCAGUGGAGCCUACUAAACCAAACACUACAAUGGAGCCUCCGACUAGCACCACUACAGUGGCGCCUACUACUAGCACCACUACAGUGGCGCCACUUACUACCACCACUACAGUGGCGCCACCUAAUAGCACCACUACAGUAAAGCCUCCUACUUCCACCACUACAGUGGCGCCUACUACUAGCAACACUACAGUGGCGCCUUCUAGUACCACCACUACAGCGGAGCCACGUACUAUCACCACUACAGUGGAGCCGGCUAUUGGCACCACUACAGUCGAGCCUCCUAAAAUCACCACUACAGAGGAGCCUACUACUAGCACCACUACAGUGGAGCCACAUACUACCACCCCUAUAGUGGAGCCUUCUUCUACCACCACUACAGUAGAGCCGGCUAAUAGCACCACUACAGUGGAGCCGCCUAAAACCACCACUACAGUGGAGUCUUCUACUACCACCACUACAGUGGGUCCUCCUACUAGCACCACUACAGUGGAGCCAACUACUACCUACACUACAGCGGAGCCUCCUACUACCACCACUACAGUGCGUCCUCCUACUAGUACCACAACAGUAGAGCCACCUACUACCACCACUACAAUGGAGCCGCCUAUAACCACCACUACAGUGGAGCCUCCUACAACCACCACUACAGUGGAACCUCCUACUACCACUACUACAGUGGAGCCAACUACUACCUACACUACAGUAGAGCCACCUACUACCACCACUACAAUGGAGACGCCUAUAACCACCAUUACAGUGGAGCCUCCUACAACCACCACUACAGUGGAACCUCCUACUACCGCUACUACAGUGGAGCCACCGACUACCACCACUACAGCGGAGCCACCUACUACCACCACUACAGUGGAGCCUUCUUCUACGAUCACUACAGUGGAGCCUCCGACUAGCACCACUACAAUGGAGCCGCCUAUAACCACCACUACAGCGGAGCCACCUACUACCACCACUACAGUGGAACCUCCUACUACCACCACUGGAGUGGAGCCACCGACUACCACCACUACAGCGGAGCCUCGUACUACCACCACUACAGUCGAGCCAACUACUACCUACACUACAGUGGAGCCUCCUACUACCACCACUACAAUGGAGCCUCCUACUACCACGACUACAGUGGAGCCGGCUACUGGCUCCACUACAGUCGAGCCUUCUAAAAUCACUACUACAGUUGUGCCACCUACUACCACGACUACAGCGGAGCCUCCUACUAGCACCACGACAGUAGAGCCACAUACUACCACCACUACAGUGGAGCCACCGACUACCACCACUACAGUGGAGCCGCCUACUACCACCAAUACAGCGGAGCCAGCUACAAGCACCACUACAGUGGAGCCGGCUACCAGCACCACUACAGUACAGCCACCUACUACCACCAAUACAGCGGAGCCAGCUACUACCACCACUACAACUAGCACCACUACAAUGGAGCCUCCUACUACCACGACUACAGUGGAGCCGGCUACUGGCUCCACUACAGUCGAGCCUUCUAAAAUUACUACUACAGUUGAGCCACCUAUUACCACGACUACAGCGGAGCCUCCUACUAGCACCACUACAGUGGAGCCCGCUACGAGCACCACUACAGUGGAGCCUCCUACCAGCACCACUACAGUGGAACCUCCUACUACCACAACUACAGUGGAGCCGCCUACUACCACCAAUACAGCGGAGCCAGCUACAAGCACCACUACAGUGGAGCCGGCUACCAGCACCACUACAGUACAGCCACCUACUACCACCAAUACAGCGGAGCCAGCUACUACCACCACUACAACUAGCACCACUACAAUGGAGUCUCCUACUACCACGACUACAGUGGAGCCGGCUACUGGCUCCACUACAGUCGAGCCUUCUAAAAUCACUACUACAGUUGAGCCACCUACUACCACGACUACAGCGGAGCCUCCUACUAGCACCACUACAGUAGAGCCACCUACUACCACCACUACAGCGGAGCCACCUACUACCACCACUACAGUGGAACCUCCUACUACCACAACUACAGUGGAGCCACCGACUACCACCACUACAGCGGAGCCACCUACUACCACCACUACAGUGGAGCCUUCUACUACCACCACUACAGUGGGACCUCCUACUAGCACCACAACAGUAGAGCCACCUACUACCACCACUACAAUGGAGCCGCCUAUAACCACCACUACAGCGGAGCCACCUACUACCACCACUACAGUGGAACCUCCUACUACCACCACUGGAGUGGAGCCACCGACUACCACCACUACAGCGGAGCCUCGUACUACCACCACUACAGUCGAGCCAACUACUACCUACACUACAGUGGAGCCUCCUACUACCACCACUACAAUGGAGCCUCCUACUACCACGACUACAGUGGAGCCGGCUACUGGCUCCACUACAGUCGAGCCUUCUAAAAUCACUACUACAGUUGUGCCACCUACUACCACGACUACAGCGGAGCCUCCUACUAGCACCACGACAGUAGAGCCACAUACUACCACCACUACAGUGGAGCCACCGACUACCACCACUACAGUGGAGCCGCCUACUACCACCAAUACAGCGGAGCCAGCUACAAGCACCACUACAGUGGAGCCGGCUACCAGCACCACUACAGUACAGCCACCUACUACCACCAAUACAGCGGAGCCAGCUACUACCACCACUACAACUAGCACCACUACAAUGGAGCCUCCUACUACCACGACUACAGUGGAGCCGGCUACUGGCUCCACUACAGUCGAGCCUUCUAAAAUUACUACUACAGUUGAGCCACCUAUUACCACGACUACAGCGGAGCCUCCUACUAGCACCACUACAGUGGAGCCCGCUACGAGCACCACUACAGUGGAGCCUCCUACCAUGGAGCCAACUACUACCUACACUACAGUGGAGCCUCCUACUAUCACCACUACAGUGGAAACGGCUACUAGCACCACUACAGUGGAGCAUCCUAAAACCACCAUUACAGUGGAGCCUCCUACUACCACCACUACAGUGGAGCCUUCUACUACCACCACUACAGCCGAGCCUCCUACUACCACCACUACAGUGGAGCCAACUACUACCUACACUACAGUGGAGCCAACUACUACCUACACUACAGUGGGGCCUCCUACUACCACCACUACAAUGGAGCCUCCUACUACCACGACUACAGUGGAGCCGGCUACUGGCUCCACUACAGUCGAGCCUUCUAAAAUCACUACUACAUUUGAGCCACCUACUACCACGACUACAGCGGAGCCUCCUACUAGCACCACUACAGUAGAGCCACCUACUACCACCACUACAGCGGAGCCACCGACUACCACCACUACAGUGGGACCUCCUACUAGCACCACAACAGUAGAGCCACCUACUACCACCACUACAAUGGAGCCGCCUAUAACCACCACUACAGUCGAGCCUCCUACUACCACUACGACAGUAGAGCCACCUACUACCACCACAACAGUAGAGCCACCUACUACCACCACUACAGUGGAGCCUUCUUCUACUAUCACUACAGUGGAGCCUCCGACUAGCACCACUACAAUGGAGCCUCCUACUACCAUGACUACAGUGGAGCCGGCUACAAUCACCACUACAGUGGAACCGGCUACCAGCACCACUACAGUACUGCCACCUACUACCACCAAUACGGCGGAGCCAGCUACUACCACCACUACAGUGGAGCCACCUACUAACACCACCACAGUGGAGCCACUGGAGCCUCCAACUAGCACCACUACAAUGGAGCCUCCUACUACUAUGACUACAUUGGAGCCGGCUACAAUCACCACUACAGUGGAACCGGCUACCAGCACCACUACAGUACAGCCACCUACUACCACCAAUACGGCGAAGCCAGCUACUACCACCACUACAAUGGAACCUCCUACUACCACGACUACAGUGGAGCCGGCUACUGGCUCCACUACAGUCGAGCCUUCUAAAAUCACUACUACAGUUGAGCCACCUACUACCACGACUACAGCGGAGCCUCCUACUAGCACCACUACAGUAGAGCCACCUACUACCACCACUACAGCGGAGCCAGCUACUAUCACCACUACAGUGGAGCCCGCUACGAGCACCACUACAGUGGAGCCUCCUAUUACCACCACUACAGUGGAGCCUCCUACUAGCACCACUACAGUAGAGCCACCUACUACCACCACUACAGCGGAGCCAGCUACUAUCACCACUACAGUGGAGCCCGCUACGAGCACCACUACAGUGGAGCCUCCUAUUACCACCACUACAGUGGAGCCUCCUACUAGCACCACUACAGUAGAGCCACCUACUACCACCACUUCAGCGGAGCCACCUACAACCACCACUACAGCGGAGCCUCCUACUACCACUACGACAGAAGAGCCACUUACUACCACCACAACAGUAGAGCCACCUACUACCACCACUAAAGUGGAGCCACCUACUACCACCAUUACAGCGGAGCCUCCGACUACCACUACGACAGUAGAGCCACCUACUACCACCACAACUGUAGAGCCACCCACUACCAUCACAACAGCGGAGCCACCUACUACCACCACUACAGUGGAGCCUCCUACUACCACUACAGUGGAGCCUUCUUCUACCAUCACUACAGUGGAGCCUCCUACUAACACCACUACAGUAGAACCACCUACCUCCACCACUACAGCGGAGCCACCUACUACCACCACUACAGUGGAGCCUCCUACUACCAUCACUACAGUGGAGCCUCCUACUAGCACCACUACAGUAGAGCCACCUACUACCACCACUACAGCGGAGCCACCUACUACCACCACUACAGUGGAGUCUCCUACUACAACCAAUACAGCGGAGCCAGCUACUAUCACCACUACAAUGGAGCCGGCUACGAGCACCACUACAGUGGAGCCUUCUUCUACCAUCACUACAGUGGAACCACCUACUACCACCACUACAGCGGAGCCUCCUACCACCACUACGACAGUAGAGCCACCUACUACCACCACUACAGCGGAGCCACCUACUACCACCACUACAGUGGAGCCGGCUACGAGCACCACUACAGUGGAGCCUCCUAAAACCACCACUACAGCGGAGUCUCCUAAAACCACCACUACAGCGGAGCCUCCUACUACCACCACUACAGUGGAGCCUCCUACUACCACCAAUACAGCGGAGCCAGCUACUAUCACCACUACAGUGGAGCCGGCUACGAGCACCACUACAGUAGAGCCACCUAAACCCACCACAACAGUAGAGCCACCUACUACCACCACAACAGUAGAGCCACCUACUACCACCACUACAGCGGAGCCUCCUACUACCACUACGACAGUAGAACCACCUACUGCCACUACAGUUGAGCCUUCUUCUACCAUCACUACAAUGGAGCCUCCUACUACCACCACUACAGUGGAGCCGGCUUCUGUCUCCACUACAUUCGAGCCUUCUAAAAUCACUACUACAUUUGAGCCACCUACUACCACGACUAAAGCGGAGCCUCCUACUACCACUACGACAGUAGAGCCACCUACUACCACCACUACAGUGGAGCCUCCUACUACCACCAAUACAGCGGAGCCACCUACUACCACGACUAAAGCGGAGCCUCCUACUACCACUACGACAGUAGAGCCACCUACUACCACCACUACAGUGGAGCUUCCUACUACCACCAAUACACCGGAUCCAGCUACUAUCACCACUACAGUGGAGCCUUCUAAAAUCACUACUACAUUUGAGCCUCCUACUACCACUACGACAGUAGAACCACCUACUACCACUACAGUUGAGCCUUCUUCUACCAUCACUACAGUGGAGCCUCCGACUAGCACCACUACAAUGGAGCCUCCUACUACCACCACUACAGUGGAGCCUCCUACUACCACCAAUACAGCGGAGCCAGCUACUAUCACCACUACAGUGGAGCCGGCUACGAGCACCACUACAGUAGAGCCACCUACUACCACCACUACAGCGGAGCCACCUACUACCAUCACUACAGUGGAGCCUCCUACUACCACCUAUACAGCGGAUCCAGCUACUAUCACCACUACAGUGGAGCCUCCUACUACCACCAAUACAGCGGAGACAGCUACUAUCACCACUACAGUGGAGCCGGCUACGAGCACCACUACAGUAGAGCCACCUACUACCACCACUACAGCGGAUGGAGCCUCCUACUACCACCUAUACAGCGGAUCCAGCUACUAUCACCACUACAGUGGAGCCUCCUACUACCACCAAUACAGCGGAGCCAGCUACUAUCACCACUACAGUGGAGCCGGCUACGAGCACCACUACAGUAGAGCCACCUACUACCACCACUACAGCGGAGCCACCUACUACCAUCACUACAGUGGAGCCUCCUACUACCACCUAUACAGCGGAUCCAGCUACUAUCACCACUACAGUGGAGCCGGCUACGAGCACCACUACAUGGAGCCGGCUACGAGCACCACUACAGUGGAGCCUCCUAAAACCACCACUACAGUGGAGUCUCCUACUACCACCAAUACAGCGGAGCCAGCUACUACCACCACUACAGUGGAGCCACCUACUACCAUCACUACAGUGGAGCCUUCUUCUACUAUCACUACAGUGGAGCCUACGACUAGCACCACUACAAUGGAGCCUCCUACUACCACGACUACAGUGGAGCCUCCUACUACCACCAAUACAGCGGAGCCAGCUACUAUCACCACUACAGUUGAUGGAGCCACCUACUACCAUCACUACAGUGGAGCCUCCUACUACCACCUAUACAGCGGAUCCAGCUACUAUCACCACUACAGUGGAGCCGGCUACGAGCACCACUACAGUAGAGCCACCUACUACCACCACUACAGCGGAGCCACCUACUACCAUCACUACAGUGGAGCCUCCUACUACCACCUAUACAGCGGAUCCAACUACUAUCACCACUACAGUGGAGCCGGCUACGAGCACCACUACAUGGAGCCGGCUACGAGCACCACUACAGUGGAGCCUCCUAAAACCACCACUACAGUGGAGUCUCCUACUACCACCAAUACAGCGGAGCCAGCUACUACCACCACUACAGUGGAGCCACCUACUACCAUCACUACAGUGGAGCCUUCUUCUACUAUCACUACAGUGGAGCCUACGACUAGCACCACUACAAUGGAGCCUCCUACUACCACGACUACAGUGGAGCCGGCUACCGGCUCCACUACAGUCGAGCCUUCUAAAAUCACUACUCCAGUUGAGCCACCUACUACCACGACUACAGCGGAGCCUCCUACUACCACUACCACAGUACAGCCACCUACUACCACCACUACAGUGGAGCCUCCUAUUACCACCACUACAGUGGAGCCACCUACUACCGCUACUACAGCGGAGCUAGCUACUACCACAACUACAGUGGAGCCUCCUACCACCACUACAGUGGAGCCUUCUUCUACCACCACUACAGUGGAGCCUUCUUCUACCACCACUACAGUGAAGCCACCUAUUAUCACCACUACAUUGGAACCUUCUACUAUCACCACUACAGUGGAGCCGGCUACUGACACCACUACUGUGGAGCCUGCUAAAACCACCAAUUCAGAGGAGCCUAUUACUACCACUACUACAGUGGAGCCUCCUAAAACCACCAUUACAGUGGAUCCUCCUACUACCACCACCACAGUGUAG